GCAAGCAAAGUCUGCCAAAAUGAGCGCACCCUCCUCCCAAAAAGUUGUGCUGAAAAGUACCACCAAAGUGUCCCUGAACGAGCGGUGAGGCGCCACGCACCCUGUCAGCAGUUACACACCCGAUGCCAGGCCCCGCCCCGGCUUGUGACGGUUCUAGUGCUCCCGGCGGAAGGCUGCGGUCUGGGGGACCGGAUCCGACACGGAUGCUAUUCUGGCCGUCCCCAGUGUGUGCACUGCUCACUCCACUUUGUAGAUGGGGUGGUACCAUUGAGAACAUGGGCCGGCCUUGUGUGAGCAGUGCACACAUGGAGACACGGGGAGAGGGUAGUGGUCGCCCUGGGUACGCCUUGGCUAGCCGAUGCCGGACCAGACCACCUUCUACAAAUGGCGUGGUACUUAAACAGCACAGUAUACAUGACGUAUACACCUCCAAUGGGGAGAGGAGGGCGUAAACUAAAGCAGGACGGAGGGUCGCCUCCUCAUCCCACCUGCCUCUCUCCAGCCAGUGAAUGUGAAGCACAUGCUCCUUUCUGUCCUCCUGUUCUGUCUUUCAUCCUCUUCUCUAAGUCUAUAAAAGACCAGAUACUCAGUCCUAGCUUGGACGUGACAAAGAGCUCCCCCCCCCCCCCCCCAUGCCGUCAUCCCCUCUGAGCCUCUUCAUGGUUUAACCAUACGUCACGGUCCAUGCUGUAAGUGGCUGGGUGGCUCGGCACUCCUCAGGUCCAGGGCCUCGGCGGCUGCAGCAUGAUGACCCCCCGGCCAGUCAGCUGGAGGCCUGUAAGUGGCACAUUGCGCUCUUCUCUGCUUCUGUCCCUCAGUCUGUCCUCGCACUGUCAGCCUUUCUUUCAGUGUGUCUUUCUUCUUCUCGGGCUUGUAUGAAAACACAUGCUAAAUUCGAGUAUAAGUCCUUCUGGAUGGUCAUGUCAUUGAGAGAGAACGUGAGUGCCAACAAGUGGAACGUACGUGUUGCAUAACUCCAGAGCCGCCACAUGAUCCUGUGUGGCUUCAUCCAUUCUGUGAGAACUUUACUUGCUGUGGAACCCGGCUUCCUCUUCUGUGUAUCCCCUGUCCCCCUCUUUUACUUCCUCCCUCUUCUUCCCUCUCGACUCCCAAGCUUCACUAACAUGCUGAAGAACAAUCAGCCCACCGCGGUAAGCAUGCGGGCCACCAUGCAACAGCAGCAUCUGGCCAGUGCUCGCAACCGCCGGUUGGCCCAGCAGAUGGAGAACCGGCCCUCGGUGCAGGCGGCGCUGAGUCACAAGCAGAGCCUGAAGCAGCGCCUGGGGAAGAGCAACAUCCAGGCCAGGCUGGGCCGGCCUGUCGGGGCUCUGAUGCGUGGAGGAGCUGUUCUAGGUCGGGGGGGAAUGCGAGGAAUGAGCCGGGGCAGCCUCCGAGGACGAGCCCGGGGAGGAGUGAUGAGGGGAGCCCUGUCCCUGAGAGCGAAGCGAGUGUCCUCUACGGGCGGGCCCAUGCGAGGUCGCGCCUCUGCUGGCCGCCUGGCCAUGCGUAGAGGAGGCCGCCAGCGCGGAGCACCUCCUGGCAGAGGAGGAGCUCUGACCAGAGGAGUCGUACGAGGAGGAGUAGCCAGAGGCCGCGGUGGACUGCGUGGGCGCGGCGGUUUUGCCGGGCGCGGCGGCCGCGGACGAGGCCGAGGUGUUGGCCAACAAGGCGUGACCCGAGAACAACUGGACAACCAGCUGGACGCCUACAUGUCGAAGACCAAAGGUCACCUGGACGCCGAGCUGGACGCGUACAUGGCCCAGGCCGACCCGGACUGCAUGGAGUGACCACGAAGAACUGAAGCAGACACAUGUAGAGUCACUGCACGACUGGACAGCUGAACUCGCACAUGCAUGUUGUUUGACACCAGAUUAAUGGGCUCUGAAUUCAAUCUGUUUGUAAUUUAGAUGAGUGGUGACAGUCCGGGGUCUCAGCUCUGAAACAGCAGGACAUCAAGUCCCCUUGACCACGACUCAAUUCUGCAUCAACCUGCUCACUCCCUUUCAAUCUGGAAAACAAGUGUCUAGGGAAUCUUUUAAACAUUAACAACUUCUGUUGUCUGUAGACAUCAUUUUUUAUAAUUCGUUUUGAUUUUUUAUGACCUAAAAAACCCUUUGUGCGUUUGGGACGGAUCCGUCGUGGUCAAUGAUCGAGGUGAUGUCUCCAAACUAAUUUAGAAUUUCAUCUGUUUUUUUAAAAAACUUUUUAUUUGACAUGUGAUUUUAGCACUCGUGUGCUGACCUGUGAGGAUUCAUUCAUUGGCUUGUCUUGGCAACAUUUGCAAUGCAAAACUUUUCUAAAAUAUUUGUUAAAAGAAUGUAAUCGAACAGUUUCCAUUUGCCAUUGUUUUGUAUUUAAAAUAUGUCGUACUUUGAAGUGUUUUGUCCCUCUGUCUCUUCCACCUGUCGGCGUUCUCCAGGGGACGAAACCUUCUAAACUUGUACCUGAGAGCAUUUGUAUGACAGUAUCCAAAGCAAGUGAAAUAGGUUUUAAUUAAAAUGGAAAAGUGUUCCCUAA